AUGGAAUCAGAGAUUUCUUCAAACUUGAAAAAAUCAAAUUAUCGGGAACGAAAUGAGUCUCUGAUGCCUUUCUUCGAUUGUUUCGAAGACUGGAAGCUGUUAAACUUUCUAAAGUAUGCUGAUGCCGUGAAGAGCUUGGGCAACGUAACGGAAACACAUCGCAAGUACAGAAUUAUUCUUGAGGGGAUUAUUGCUGAUGAAAAUGAGAUUGGAAUUAAAAGGAAAAAAGCCGAAAAAGCACGAGUGAAGUAUUUGGUCGAGUCCAAUAAGGAACGUUUGGUCGAGUCCGAUAAUCCUGCCAUCGAGUUGAAUGAAAUACGUUCAAACAAUAUAAAAGAGUUCUGGCAUAAGAAAGAUAAGCGAAGUCUGAUUGAUAAAUCAGCGAUGAAAACUACCCGAAAAAUUGUAAAAAAAAUUAGUAAGAUGCAAGACAUAACAAAUGAUGUCUUGGCUCAAACGAUCGAGAAUAAUUUAAACCGACAACAAUCAGAUAGCUCUGAUCGAGAUAAUGACAAUAAUAAUGAGGAAACAACAUCAAAAUUACCACAGAAAAUAUGUACAAGCAGAGAUCAGACCCUGAAGUCAACGUGUGAUAAGCGCUCUUUCGAUAACACUUUAUAUUAUGAGGUUACAAACUCAGUUGCCAAGAAGAUUAAGACCAGUAGUGAAGAUGAAGUUGCAGGUUAUGAUUUGGAAAAUGAAGAUGUUGAAUUUGAACAAGACGAUGAAUUUGGCGUAAAAGACAAGAAUCUCUUCCAACAGAGAUUCGAUGCAUUGGAAAACUCAAGAAAAUGGAAACUGAAGUCGGGGAGAUUCGUUGAGGAUUCUUGUCCACUUAUCAUCGAUCCUGAUGAUAUCUUUAUUAAGGAGGAAUUCACAGAAGAAGAGAUAUCCGAAAUUGUUAAUAGGGAAAAUGAACAAGAUCUACCGGAAAUCGAUGAUGAGCUCUUUGAAUAUAUAAACACGUUUGCUAGGGACUCUACAAAAGAAAUACGAAAAGCUCUUAACGCGCUACAUCCCCGAUUAGGCGACAAUUACAACCCGCAGACGGAUUUUAUUUAUGAUCAUAUAAGGACCACGGUGGCUGAUUGGGUACGACUUUUCGAAAUGCAACCUAAUCCGCUAACUCUGGAUUUGCCAGAAGCCUGGUACCGCAUCAAUGUUUGGAGAACAAUUGAUAUAGCGUUUUCCGAUAUCCCAUACACUUACGUUGUUGG